ACAACAUCAAUACAUAAGCAUUAGUAUUUUUUUAAGCUUACUUUUUGGGGGAAAAAAAAUGAGAUCUAUGAAUAUUGUUGAUUCAUGGGGUCAAGCUUGUUUAGUUAUCAAUCAAUCUUUACCCUAUAAAUCCUUAAAUGGAAUGAUGAAAAUCAAUCUGAAAAAUCGAAGAAUUUUGAAACAAACUUUAUCCUAUAGACCAUUUUCAUCUGUAACUGUUUCAGCUAUUGCUACCACUAGAGAAGAUGAGAAAGUUGUUAAGGAAGAAGAAGAAGAAGAAGGAGCAAAAAUGGAGAAUGAAUUUAAUUUCAAGGUUUACGUAGCUGAAAAGGCGAUUUCAGUAAAUAAAGCUUUGGAUGAGGCUAUAAUAGUAAAAGACCCACCUAUGAUCCAUGAAGCAAUGCGUUAUUCGCUUCUCGCCGGCGGGAAGAGAGUCCGGCCGAUGCUCUGUAUCGCCGCCUGUGACCUUGUUGGGGGAAACCAGGGGAAUGCUAUGGCGGCUGCUUGUGCUAUUGAGAUGAUACAUACUAUGUCUCUCAUUCAUGACGAUUUGCCCUGUAUGGAUGACGACGAUCUCCGCCGUGGGAAGCCGACGAAUCAUAAAGUGUAUGGUGAGGAUGUGGCGGUCCUCGCCGGAGAUGCGCUCCUUGCUUUCGCAUUCGAGUACCUCGCUACCGCUACAAUCGAAGUUUCUCCGUCGAGGAUCCUCGUUGCUGUUGCCGAAUUGGCGAAAUCUGUUGGAACUGAAGGGUUAGUAGCUGGACAAGUAGCGGAUUUAGCUUGUACUGGUAACCCUAAUGUGGGAUUAGAAAUGCUCGAAUUUAUUCACAUACACAAAACGGCAGCGUUGCUGGAAGCUUCCGUUGUAAUCGGAGCAAUCCUCGGCGGCGGAGCAGAUGAAGAAGUGGACAAGUUAAGGAGAUUUGCCCGAUGCAUCGGUUUAUUGUUUCAGGUAGUUGAUGAUAUCCUUGACGUGACAAAGUCGUCGGAGGAGCUUGGAAAAACCGCCGGAAAAGAUUUGGCGGUGGAUAAAACGACAUAUCCAAAGCUGCUGGGAUUGGAAAAGGCUAAGGAAUUUGCGGCGGAGCUCAACGGCGAAGCUAAACAACAGCUGGCGGCGUUUGAUUCACACAAAGCUGCUCCAUUGAUUGCUUUAGCUGAUUACAUCGCUUAUCGUCAAAAUUAGGAUUUUCUUUUUGUGGAAAUUUUUUAGUUUUAUGAAGUAAUUGAAUGAAUGUAGUUCUUCAUCAUGUGAUUUGAAUCUUGAUUUAUCAAGUGAAAAUGAAGGUGAUUUAUUAUAUUAUUAAUAAAUAAAGUCG